AUGGCAGUUCCCUUGCUCUUCACCCUUCCCCCUUCCAACCGCCACGACUUCCUCGCCCUCGACCCGUCAGACAAAUACACGCUGAAAUCGCUGAACAAGCUCAUCACGGCUACGAUUGCUUCGUCGCCGAAUUGUGAGGAAUGUAUGGUAUCUUUCCUUUUCUCCACGCCCUCCACCCUCCCACUGCCUCCAUCGACCCCCCAAGUACCCCCUCCCCUCCCCUCCCCCCUACCAUCCACCCUUCCCCUCCCACACCCCUCAUUAACCCACCCACCCCCAACAGUCAUGGCCUCCCACAAGCCCCCCACCAGCACCCCCGAAACAAUCCAACAGCUACGCAUGCACUGGGACACCAAAAAACUGCCCGCCAAAAUGUGGCCCGAAUACACCGUCUUGACCGAAGAAAACGUAAACGUAAUCUUACAGAUUGUGGGACGGGAGUUUGGGAUCGGGGUGUUGGAGGUUGGGUUGGGGAAGGGGGAGGAAGGUGGUGGGGGGUUGGGUUGA